AUGGUUCAGUCCGCCAUCCUCGGUUUCCCCCGCAUGGGUGUGAACCGUGACCUGAAGAAGGCCACCGAAGCUUACUGGGGAGGCAAGAUUUCCCAGGAGGAGCUCCUGACCGAGGCCAAGAGGCUCAGACUGGCACACUGGAAGAUCCAGAAGGAUGCCGGUGUCGACAUCAUCCCCAGCAAUGACUUUGCUCUCUACGACCAGGUCCUUAGCCACAUCCAGGACUUCGGUCUGACCUUCGUCUUUCUAUCACAGGCCGUUCCCGAGCGGUAUUCCAGCGCCAAGCUGAACCCUGUUGAUGAGUACUUUGCCAUGGGCCGUGGUCACCAAAAGGACGGCGUCGAUGUUCCCAGUCUGGAGAUGGUCAAGUGGUUUGACUCCAACUACCACUACGUCAAGCCCACCCUGCAGGACAACCAGGAGUUUAAGCUUGCUGCCAACCCCAAGGCUGUCGCUGAGUUCCUUGAGGCCAAGGCGGCAGGCAUUGCCACCCGGCCGGUCCUCGUUGGCCCCAUCUCCUUCCUCCACCUGGCCAAGGCCGACCGUGGCCAGAGCGUCAACCCCAUUGACCUGCUCGACAAGCUCGUCCCCAUCUACGAGUCUCUUCUGGCCAAGCUCAAGGAGGCCGGUGCCGAGACUGUCCAGAUCGACGAGCCCGUCCUCGUCUUCGACCUGCCCGCCAAGGUCAAGGCUGCUUUCGGUCCUACCUACCAGAAGUUCGCCAGCCUCGGCGCCAAGAUUCCCCAGCUUGUCUUCACCACCUACUUUGGUGAUAUCGUUCACAACCUGGAGGCUAUCCCCAAGGAUAUCUAUGCCGUCCACGUUGACCUCGUCCGUAACCCUGAGCAGCUUGACACUGUCAUCGGUGCUCUGGGCUCCAAGACUAUCCUCUCUGCCGGUGUGGUCGACGGCCGCAACAUCUGGAAGACCAACAUGAAGAAGGCCAUUGAGACUGUCGAGACUGCCAUCCAGAAGCUCGGCAAGGACCGUGUUCUGGUUGCCACCUCCAGCUCUCUCCUACACACCCCCCACACUCUGGCCAGCGAGAAGAAGCUGGACCCCGAGAUUGCCGACUGGUUCUCGUUUGCCUCGGAGAAGGCUGUCGAGAUUGCCGUCAUUGCCAAGGCCGUUACUGAGGGCCCUGCUUCCGUACGGGAGCAGCUCGAGGCCAACGCCAAGUCCAUGCAUGCUCGUGCUACCUCGAGCAGGACCAACGACCCCAAGGUCAAGGACCGCCAGAGCAAGAUUGUUCCUUCUGACUACAACCGCAAGUCGGAGUUCUCCGUCCGUAUCGCCCAGCAGCAGAAGAAGCUCAACCUUCCCCUCUUCCCCACCACCACUAUUGGCUCCUUCCCCCAGACCAAGGAGAUCCGUCUUGCUCGCAACAAGCUCACCAAGGGUGAGAUCACUGCUGAGCAGUAUGACAAGUUCAUUGAGAAGGAGAUUGAGGACAACGUCAAGAUCCAGGACGAGCUUGACCUUGAUGUCUACGUUCACGGUGAGCCUGAGCGUAACGACAUGGUCCAGUUCUUCGGUGAGCGCCUGAACGGCUACGCGUUCACCACACACGCCUGGGUCCAGAGCUACGGCUCGCGUUGCGUGCGCCCUCCCAUCAUCGUCGGUGACAUUUCCCGACCUGCCCCCAUGACCGUCAAGGAGUCCAAGUACGCCGUGUCCGUCUCCAAGAAGCCCAUGAAGGGUAUGUUGACUGGCCCCGUUACCUGCCUCCGUUGGUCUUUCCCCCGUGACGACGUACACCAGUCUGUCCAGGCCGAGCAGCUUGCUCUGGCUCUCCGUGACGAGGUUGUGGACCUCGAGAAGGCUGGCAUCGAUGUCAUCCAGGUUGACGAGCCUGCCCUCCGUGAGGGCCUUCCUCUCCGCUCCGGCAAGGAGCGUGACGCUUACCUGGAGUGGGCCGUCAACGCCUUCAAGCUCUCCACUGUUGGCGUCGAGGACUCGACCCAGAUUCACUCCCACUUCUGCUACUCGGAGUUCCAGGACUUCUUCCACGCCAUUGCGGCCCUUGACGCUGAUGUUCUCUCCAUCGAGAACAGCAAGUCUGAUGCCAAGCUCCUCAAGGUCUUUGUCGACUCUGCCUAUCCUCGCCACAUCGGUCCUGGUGUCUACGACAUCCACUCCCCUCGUGUCCCCAGCGAGCAGGAGAUCAAGGACCGCAUCGAGGAGAUGCUGCAGUACCUCAAGCCUGAGCAGCUCUGGAUCGACCCCGACUGUGGUCUGAAGACGCGCCAGUGGAAGGAGACCAAGGAGGCUCUGGUGAACAUGGUUAACGCCGCCAAGUUCUUCCGUGCCAAGUACUCCAAAUAG